AUGCGCGCUUACCCUGGGGCAACUCCUCUACCUUGUUCUGCUGUCAACCUGCUACUCCAGUUUCUCCCUCAGCUGCCCAACCUGCAGGAGUUAGCACUUUGUGUCAGCUGUCAGGGGGAGGAGGAGGCUGAACUCACAGGUCAGCUGUAUGGGGUACAACCCACAUUGAGGGCUCUUAAGCUAAGGGCAAGGGUCUGGUCACUGUACAAGAUGACGAGUCUAUUGAAACUGAUGUUGCAACAGUUCCCUCUGUUAGAAGAGAUAGAUCUCAGUCGCAGUGACAUUAGUGAUGAGGCAGUGCCUAGUCUUGCUGAAGGUCUUGCCUCAUGUCAAAAGCUGAGGAAGAUAAACAUCAGUCAUAACAAGUUGUCUGGCAGGGGAGACUUCUUACCUCUCCUUCUCAACUUGGAGGAGAUAGAUCUCAGUCACAGACUCAAAGUAAUUAUUCUUUUACUCCAAUUCCUCCCUCAUCUGCCCAACUUGGAGGAGAUAGAUCUCAGUCAUAAUGACAUUAGUGAUGAGGCAGUGCCUGGUCUUGCUGAAGGUCUUGGUUCCUGUCAGAACCUGAAGAAAGUUAACCUUAGUCAUAACAAGUUGUCUGACAGAGGAGACUUCCUACCUCCCCUCCCUAACUUGGAGGAGAUAGACUUACUUACUUAUCCUCUUCAGGAUGCAGCCCUUCCCUUCUCCCAGUCUUGAGGGAUAACUUCAUGUUCCCAUAUUUUGGCAAAGAGGUCUGUGAGUAAUAGUACUCUUACAUCCAGAAGAGAUCUCUGCCAUUUCUUAUAGGAGGAGAUAGAUCUCAGUCUCAAUGUCAUUAGUGAUGAGGCGGUGCCUGGGCUUGCUGAAGGUUUUGCUUCAUUCCAAAACUUAAGGACUGUCCAUUUCACUAAUAACAAGAUAUCCAAUAAGGGAGCAUUGCUGCUGCUGCUAAAAGACCAAUACAUAAAGAUCAAUGUUUGGGGAAACAAUGUAAGUGACGACCUUGUGUCUCUGCUCACGUACAGAACAGAUGCUACCCAAGUAACAAAACUAUUUCUCAUACCGGAAUACCCUGGGGCAACUGUUCAUCCUCUACCAUGUUCUGCUGUCAACCUGCUACUCCAGUUUCUCCCUCAGCUGCCCAACCUGCAGGAGUUAGCACUUUGUGUCAGCUGUCAGGGGGAGGAGGAGGCUGAACACAUCAACCAGCUGUGUGGGGUGCAACUCCCAUUGAGGACUCUUAAGCUAACAAUAAGUGACUAAAGGUGGAUCUUAGUUGGAACAAGUUGUCUGACAGGGGAGAUUUUUUUACUCCUCCCGAACUUGGAAGAGAUAGAUCUCAGUCACAAUGACAUUAGUGAUGUGGCAGUGCCUGGUCUUGCUGAAGGUCUUGCUUUGUGUCAGAACCUAAAGAAGGUAAAUCUUAGUUAUAACAAGUUGUCUGGCAGGGGAGACUUCUUACCUCCCCUCCCCAACUUGGAGGAGAUAGAUCUCAGUAACAAUGUCAUUAGUGAUGAGGCACUGUCUGGUCUUGCUGAAGUUCUUGCUCCAUGUCAGAACCUGAAGAAGGUGGACCUUCGUCAUAACAAGUUGUCUAAUGUUGGAGACCUAAUGACAGCCUUUACCAACCUUCCCAUCCUGACACGUGUAGAUAUUGCUUUCAAUUCUAUCCGUGACGAGUCCCUCCCUACUAUAGCUGCAUGGCUGAACGUUAGAACAGCUGUAGAGGAAGUUUGGCUGUACCGUAACAGGUUCCGUGCUGAAGGGGUCCGGGAUUUUGUGAGAACCAUGAAGGGCAAGGCUUAUGGGUAUCUUACUAAUGACCUCCUGUAUGACGGCAGCCAGGCUGAUGUGAGCGAAGUUGUGCAGUCAGGUGGGGAGGGUGCACGGAGGGAAGAACAGCAGUGGGAGAGGUUGAGGACGGUGCCAAGUUUGAUAAAGGUGAAGGUCAGACAACUGACAGUCAGCAUUGAUCAUAAAGGUUCUAAGUCCACAAAUACACAGCUAAUACAGUGA